UGCUAUUUGGCAUUUGCAUUCAUUGUCCUUGGAAUGUAAAAUCUACAUUUAGUUAAGUUUGAUUCUUUGUUUCAUUAGUAAUGUUGACAGAUGACACUGUCUCAGAUUAAAGUUAAGAUUUACCUGAACAUUAUUAUUUUUAUGCUGAUAGGCUUUUCAAAAUGCUGAAAGAUUGACAAUUGAUCUAGAAAUCCAUGAGAGAGUAAAGUAAGAGGAGAGAAUUAUAGACAACUAGAAAAGAAGUACAUUUGUUUACAUAUUCCUAAACAUAUUGAUAACGAACGUUUCUGAAUUGAUUGGGAGUCAUUUACAGUUUAUUCCAUUUGUAUGCUUCUGAAUCUGCCAGAGACUCCAAUGGUUUACAAAAAUAAAUCAGCAAUGAAAACAUCCAUGAGUGAGAAAGAAGAAGAUAAAUCUUUUAAAUUUAAAUUGUUUGUACCACCAAGACUGAGUAACACUCAGGUGUCUGCAGUCAAACCACAAACAAGUACACGGGAUGAGGGCUUCUUUCAGAAUUUUAGUAAUGGAACAGAAGAAUAUUAUAACUCAUCUUAUGGGAUGAAAAAUAUUUCAAAACAUAUAGAAGUCAUUGACCCUUCUCCAGAGAAAGUAAUGCUUGUGCCUGACAUAGAGCAAGAGAAUAUGGAGACAAUGAAUGAGCUUUAUUCAAGGCUUUAUAAAGAAGCAGAAAAGAUUAAGAGAUGGAAAGUCAGUGUACAAUAUGAAUUAAAGGAAAAAGAGAAAAAAUUGCAAGAAAAUAGAAAGAUCAUUGAAGCAUUGCGUAAAGCCAUUCAAGAAUUACAGUUUGAAAAUGAAAAAUUAAGCCUAAAAUUUGAAGAUGAAAUACAUGAAAACAAUGAACUUCUAAAAGAAAAUAAUGCUACAAGACAUUUGUGCAACUUACUCAAAGAAAAAUGUAUGCAAUCAGUGGAGAAGUGCAAUAAAUAUGAAUGUGAACGAGAAGAAACCAGACAAAUGUAUGUGGAUCUUAACAAUAACAUUGAGAGAAUGAUAAAGGCUUUUGAAGAACUUCGUGUACAAGCAGAGAACAUCAGACUGGAAAAGUAUUACAAAAUAAAAGAAGCAUCUGAUAAAAUAGAACAGCUUGAAAAAGGACACAAGAGAGAGAUAAAUUCCAUGGAAAAAGAGAUUUCUAUACUGAAAGAAGAAAAUGGUAAAAAAGAUAACAAAAUAAAACAGACAAAUAGUCAGUUACAGGAAUCAAGUUUGUUAAUACUUGAAUUGAAAGAAAUAAGAAAGGAACAAGAUGAGAUAAUAAAAAAAGCAGAAAGCAAACAACAAAACUUGUUGACAGAACUGGAAAAUACUACACAUUCUUUGGAAGAUACAAAGAAUAUUUGUAAGAAUUUAGAAACUGAGUUGCAAAUUUCAGUAAAAACAUUGGCAGAAGUCACUGAACAAAAGGAAUUGAUUGUAAGAGAAUUUGAAGAAACUAGAAUUCUGCAUGCAUCGGUUACUGAAGGGUUCCAGAUUGAAGUUUCUAAUUUGAAGGAGAUGCUAUUGAAAGAAGAAAAUAGGCAAAGGGAAUUGAGAGAUGCCUCAGAUGCAUUAGUUUUGGAACUCCAAAAUAAAUCGACUGAACUAGAAAUGAUGACCGAACUGAAAAAUGAUAAAGAAAAGCAAAUUGAAGAAUUGGAACCAGUCUUAGUACAAGUCCAAGAUUUUUUACAUGGAAAACAAAUUCUUGAGAAGACCAUUGAAAAAUUACAAGAAAGAGAAAGAGAGUUAAAGGACACUCUUCAGACAAGAGAGGUAUUAAAGAAAUACAUGAUUUGGAAAUGCAAUUGUCUGAUGAAUUCGAAAAUAAACAAAAUUGCUUUCAACAACUUACAACACUGAAAGCAGAGCUUGAAAAAGAAAUGUAUGUACUUAUAUUAGUAUAUGGUUAGCAUGCUAUUAGUUAUGAAAGGCUUUUAUGAUUGGUUUACUUUUAAUAUAUAAAGGACAUGCAGGAUAUAAUGUAAAGGUUUCCCCUGUUAUAUUACAAUACCUUACAAUACAA